AUGUCGGAAAAUACACAGCUCCAAAAGAAACUUAAAAGCCCAGUACAAUUCAAAAUACUGGGCGAUAAUGAACAAAUAGGUGGCGCUGGAGAUUUCACACACACACGUCUUCCAUUAUUGCACAGCUCAAUCUCGAAGCUGUCGGAAGGAAGUUUCGGAGAGAUUUUUGAAAUAACAAAGGCGACUGGAGAAAAAAGGAUUUUAAAAAUCGUACCUGUAGGAGAUACUGAUCCACAGACUAAACAAUUACAGCUCACAUUCAAAGAUAUAACAGCGGAGAUAUCUGCCUCUGUGGAAUUAGCUAAAUUGUUGCACGAUAAAAGAAACCACUGUCCAUCUUUUCCAAGGAUAUAUAGAGUUUGCGUGGUUCAAGACACAUUUCCUGAAACUGCCAUAAAAGCGUGGAAGGCCUACUCAUCAAGUAAUUCAACAUAUCAUCCUAGCCCUGAUGCUUACAAACCUGAUCAGGCUUUCAUUACCAUUGAAACAGAAUCAGCAGGGAAGUCUUUGGAAAAUUACUUGGUUGGAAGUUAUCUCAAAGCAAUAUCCAUCUUUAAACAAGUGGCGUUAGCUGUUGCUGUGGCUGAGGAGAAAUUAGAAUUUGAACAUCGCGAUUUGCACGUGGAAAAUAUUCUAAUAAAAGAAUGCGCAGAAAAGAAACUUGACUUCAAGCUUCGCAAUCAGAAGUUUAGUGUCGAAACUUAUGGAGUUAAAGCCACCAUUAUAGAUUUCACUUACUCACGAAUAAUGACAGGUGAUGGUGUGAAAUAUUUGAAUUUAGACAAUAUUUAUGAUCCCAGGUCCAGAUCGCCUGAUGAAUUCUUAGACCAUCGAUAUGUGUAUGCUAGAAUGGGAGAAAUGACUCAGUAA